UUCAAAACCUAACCUCAACCUCGCUCUCAGCUCUCAUUCACAAACACACACAUUCUCUAUUGUCUAAUCUCAACUCAAUCUCAAUCUCACUAUUUCCAUUAUUUCGUGAAUUGUCGUCGAUCGUUGUAUCUAUUAAUUAUUGUCAAUAACUACCAAAUAUAUAAUUCGAAAAUGAGUGACAGUAAAAAUGAUAAAGACAAACCUAAAUCUGACUUGAGUUUGUUAGAAGAAGAUGACGAAUUUGAAGAAUUUCCCGCUGAAAAUUGGACAGGGAAAGAUGAAGACGAUGCUGAUAUGAAUGUUUGGGAAGAUAAUUGGGAUGAUGACAAUGUGGAAGACGACUUCAAUGUUCAGCUGAGGGCGGAGUUGGAGAAGCAAAAUGCCAAGCCGCAGAAGUAGCUACUAGAUUUUGAAAUUACUGUUUGAUAAUCAAUAUAUUUGGUUUCUAUAAUUCAUCCAUAAUGAUCUUAUAGUAACGGUUUUUGUGUUUAUUGUUUGCCCUUAAGUAAUUCUCAGUUUAAAGAUAACCAUUGUUUGUAAUUUUUAUUUCUAAGAAAUAUGUAAAGAAAUUUGUAUAAUAA